AGCGGUAGUCCGAUAGCCCGUGACUACCAAAUUCCCCCUCGGACUACCAAUAUUUUGCAGACGAAAGCCCGACCGGGCUACCGAAUUUUCGAUAAACAACUUUUUUUAACGAAUGAAUUAUCCGUCGUAAUCGUCUCAUGCGUGCUCGAUUGCUUCAUUAAAACAAUGAUAUGAUUAAUCGAUCGCAUUUCGCGCCGUAUACUGUAAUAAUGGGAGAUCACUCUGCGAAGUGUGAAUUAUGUUCCAUCAAUUAUAGUUCGCGGAAUUUCCGAUCAAGCAUCCCUAGAAACCAAAAUGGCUUUCGCACUCAAAUUUUACGCCGGGGCAAAACCUGGUGUUAAAAGAAAAUUAGACAGCGAGAACAAAAGUAAGAAGUUAUAUGAAUUGACCCGUGAACGUGAUUUUCAGCCUGCGUGGCAGAAAACCCGUAAUUGGCUAGUACACGAAAAGGGAAAAAUGUUUUGUACUUGGUGUAAGGAAAUCAACCCGACCAGCGAUUCGUCCUUCGUAAAAGGAUGUGAUAAUUUAAGAAUUGAUACACUUAAAACUCAUGAAAAAAGCAAGCAACACUUACGUAGUGCUGACAGACAUGUUAAUGUUAAUGAAAAAUCGACUUAAGAAGCGACUUCAUGCUUGACACAGCUGAAUAAAUCUCAAAUUGGCCAGCUGUCCAUUAAAAUGAGAACAGCCCAUUUCAUUGCUAAGCACCACAAAUCUUUCUUAGACUAUAAACAUAUUUGUCAACUUGACAAGAUGAAAGGUUUGGAUGUUGGUACAUCAUACACAACUGACAAAGGCGCUGCAACACUGCUGCAAUCUAUCUCUAGUGUAACCAGGACAGAGGUUUGCCAGAAUAUUUCAAAUGCAAAAUUUUUCUCGUUCACUUGUGAUGGUUCAAGUGACUUUACAGGGGAUGAUUAUGAGUCUAUUUAUGUACGUACGUGUACCAAUGGGACCAUUCUGGACCAGUUCCUAUCCAUUGGUAUUGCAGAGUCUGCAUCGUCUAGGGACAUUCAUGUCCAUAUUUGUGAUACAUUUACAAGGCUUGGCCUAGGAAAUGAGUUUCAAACCAAGCUGGUUGGAUUUUGUUCAGAUGGGGCAUCAAAUAUGCAGGGUCACAAAUCAGGUCUAGUUGCACUCCUAAGAAAGACACACCCACAUAUAGUGACAGUUCACUGUCUUGCUCACAGACUUGAGCUCGCCUUCAAAGACACAAUUAAAAAAUUCCCUCCAUAUGAAAAGAUGAUGACUCUUCUCCUUGGGCUGUACUACUUGUAUAGGAAGAGCCCAAAGUUAAAAAUGGGUCUAAAGAGAUCAUUCGAGGCGUAUGAAAUGAAAAUGCUGUUGCCUACACGUGUAGGUGGUACCAGGUGGCUACCUCACCUAACCCUAGCCAUACGAAAUUUCAUUCGAGGAUAUAAAGCAGUAAGAAGCCAUCUAGAGUCUUCAUCCCACUCAAGUCCAAAGGCCGAAGGACUAGCAAAAUUGGCAGCUGACUCUAAUUUGCUGAGUUUUGUUCUGUCAUUGCAGGAGGUCAUUCAGCCAUUGGUAAGACUAAGCCUCAACCUACAGAAAGAUGACCAGACCCUUGCGGAUGCUCACUGUCACGUCGCUGCAACACAGACUGUGCUGUCACAUCUUCCAGAGAGAUUAUGGUUCAGAUGAGGUCAAGGCUGCAACUGCUCACUUUCAGUCCCUUCUUGAGACAUCUGGUGUUGAGGUAGACCUAAUUCUUGGUGAAUGACAACUUCUCAAAAAUCUAGUCACUCAGAAGUAUGGAGACAAGAUGCAGGAGCUUAGUUGGAAAGCCUUCCAUACCUUACGACAGGAAAGCCUUGAGAAUUGCCUCACCCUUAUUGACCUAUUAAGGACCCUUUCAUCAACCUCAAUGAAAAAUGAAAGCUCAUUUUCUAUUAUGAAGUUGACCAAGGGAAAGAGGAGACCCCGUAUGAAAUCCUCAACACUGAACGACUUAUUGACUGUCAGUUUGAUAUCACCAUCAGUCAGCCAAUUCGAUUCAAGCAAGAGCAUUGAACAUUUUUUGAGCUCCUCUGUUAGGCCUCGAAGAGUAGAUGGUUAUGAGAGAAAGAUCAAGAAGGCAGCAACUGUUACAAUAGUCACAAUAGACGAUGAACCUGAGGAAGAUGUGGAGCAAACUGACCUUCAAGAGGAUGUUACAGCAGUCCUUGGCAAGGAUUUAUGGCCUGAUACAUCUGAUGAUGAAGAAUCCGAUGAUGAAGACAUGGACUAUUCAGAAUCUGCAAUCGAUAGACUUCUGUCGCUUUAUACCAGAGAAUGAAUUUAUUUUCAGAGGAUAAAUUAUUUUUUAAAUGAAAUAACUCUGGAAUAUUAAAUUUUUGAAACCUGGCAAUGUUCUUUUUUGUUCCUUCCUACAAGCAAAGGUGUCAGUAAAGUUAACCUGUAUGUUUUAUAGUGCAAUUGUGAUAUUUAAAGGUUUUUAAAGUUCGGGCUAGUGAAAUGUCUUUCGGACUAGUGAAUAUUCUAAUCUGAUAGCCCGACCAGGCUAGUGGAUUCAAAUCCGAAUUUCGUAC